CAUUGCCUUCAUAUCCGCCACCAAUUAUCGAACAUGGACAUUCCAAUCAAACAUUAAUGGUUGGUGCUUCAGCAAUAUUACCUUGUGCAGCAAGCGGACGCAGUAUACCUCAAAUUAGUUGGUUAAAAAAUGGCGAACAAAUCGAUCUAGAAGAUGCGAAUUUUCAAACACGUUUCAAGCAACUCUCUUCCGGAUCAUUGCAGAUCGAUGAGUUGAAGAAGAGUGAUACCGGUGUUUAUACAUGCCGAGCACGUAAUCAGGAUGGUGAAUCCACAUGGACGGCAUCUCUAGUUGUUGAAGAACACACCAAUCCAUCUGUUACAUUUACUCGUAUGCCAAAUUUAUCUGCUUUUCCGUCUGCACCGGGUAAACCAUCGCUGCAAAAUGUUACUGAAGAUGGCGUUGAUCUGGAAUGGGCUGUUCCGGAAAGAAGUGGCGUUGCUUUGGUUAAUGGCUAUCUUUUGCAGUAUUUUAGUCCAGAAAUGGGCCAAACCUGGUUUAAUGUGCCUGACUACAUUUCGGGUCCGAGAUAUCACCUAAGGAACUUGAAAUCUUCACAUUCGUAUGUUUUCAUCGUUCGUGCAGAAAAUUCUGAAGGUAUUGGUCCACCAUCACCAAUGAGCGAUGCUAUCCAAACUAAGCCACAGAAAGAGCAAAAACAAAGUGAAAUGACAAAUGUGGAUACGGAUUUAGAUACUGCUCGGGAACGAAUUGCCUCAGAACAGCUAAUCAAAUUAGAUGAAGCGAUAACUGUCAAUGCUACAGCCGUGAAAUUGAGUUGGAAGCGUCGAAGAAAUGAACCAUUAGUGGAAGGUUAUUAUAUCAAGUGGAGAGCGGUGCCAACAACGUCAGGUCAGAAACAGGCUGGAGCUAGUGGCACCGAUAGCCACUGGGUGAAUAUCUCCAAACCAAAUACUGAUACUUACAUUGUGACUGGCUUACGUCCUUUUAGAAAUUACGAAUUUUUUGUGAUUCCAUAUCACAAAACUGUUCAGGGUAUGCCGAGUAACUCAUUGAAUGGAGCUACUAGCGAAGCUUCACCUACUUCACCUCCAACAGAUGUACGUGUUCGAAUGAUGAAUUUAACGACGUUAAGAAUUUCGUGGCGUCCACCACCUGCGGAUGGAAUAAAUGGGAUUCUAAAAGGUUUCCAGAUUAUCGUGCUAGGUAGUGGUGCGAAAUAUAAUCGAAACAUUACAACAAAUGAACGUGCAGCAAGCGUUACGUUAUUUCAUCUAAUACCUGAAAUGACCUAUGGAGUUAAAGUUGCGGCACGAAAUAACGCUGGUGUUGGAGUCUAUCAUGGACUUGAAGCUGUUACCAUGAAUGAAGCAACACUGCGGGAACACAUUCAUUUAAUGAGUGGAAUUUCGUCUGGUGAUCGUUUGCUACAUAUUAUCAAAAGACCUUGGUUUAUUGCUACAGCCGGCGUAUUGAUAUGGAUUACAUUCAUCGCCAUCAUCACUUUUAUGUGGUGGAGAUGGCGAAAAUCGAAGGGCAAAGCUGCUGCUCGAUUAGGUAUGCCGUUUAUUAAAAUUAAUGAUGGCAGUGUUCAUCUGACAGCGCGAGAUGCCUUAUGGAUGGAUCAUCCGAAUUUUAAUUCAGCACAACGUUCUCUUUUAAAUAGCUCCAUAAAUGGUGCACAUUGUAACGGACCGUCUAUUUACACACAAACCCCGCAUCAAACCGAUUUUUAUAUGGAUGGCCAGAUAUUACACCGCGAUACGUCGGCACAUAUGCUGGGUACUAUGGAUCGAGCUCAGUCACCCAAUCAUUAUCACUAUGCUUCACUUACUGCUGGCGGUGCAUCCAGUUUAUCAACAUUCUAUGGUGGUCAUCAAGUUUUGGACGAUCCUUCUCCAUAUGCAACGACGACUCUGGUGAUGGGCAACAGACAGAGAUGGUUAAAAGACCAUAUGCUUCGGGCUCCGAUGCCUCCUUCUAAUCCGGUCCCUUCUGCUCCUCCACUAAGGUUCAAGGAGAGUGGAAAACAUCAUAAUACAUUGGGAGAGCGACGUUCUCCCUUUGUUGAUAGCAAAAUACGUUCUAUUGGCCAUCAUCAUUCGGGAAGUCCUCCACAUACCGACGUUUCUUAUGUGCAAUCCUCUGAUGGUACUGGAGGAAGUUCGAAUGGACGAAAUAAAGGAGGUACUCUGAAUGGAAAGAGAAGUCCACCAAAGCAGACAUUGCUCGAUAUGAUACCUCCACCUCCGCCAAAUGCUCCUCCAUCCGAAAUUCAGAACGAUACACACUCAAAAGAAGUAAUGGAUUCACCUGCUAGUCAUCUUAUGGAUGUUAGCGAACACAACGAUGCUGUCUCCGAUGCACUAUUAUUCGAGAAUGAUGCAAGGCACGUACACGAGAAGCCUAGUCUAGCAAAUACUAGGCCAAGUAGUCGGAAUAGGAUAAAUCAUCGAAGUGGAGCAGUGGGUAGUUGCGGUGGAGGUCAAGAAGAUGAUGAUAGUCAGAGGUCUUCACUGAUGAACGAUAAUAAUCGAUCAGCAUUUUGUUCGUCUUCAGAAGCUGAUGAAGAGAAUUCAGAAGACGAUCGUAUUCGAAGAUCUUCGAGUCGUGUUGAUCGUUCCCAAAGUCCAGAAUAUGCUGUCCAUCGACCCUCACAACCGUGCAUGGGUGUUAGUGCUUCGGCACUUACUCAAAGUUCAUAUGAUGGAUUAUCAGGAGUGCGUUCUUCGAGCCGUUUGAAAUCGAUGUCUCGAAAUUGUAAAAAAGAUCUGGUCUAG